AUGAGACGAGCUCGAGCAAAUGCACGUGAACGUAGUCGAAUGCAUGGGUUGAAUUCUGCUUUGGAUACUUUAAGACAACAUAUACUACCGUCGGCUUUAGUGAAUGGAGAUAUUUCAUUGGAUUGUGAUGGAACACAUUCCCGGAUCCAAGUGAAUCAUACUACGAUGGGCAAUGAACAGAAACAUCGACAAUCAAAGACUGUAACUGAUCAGAUGAGUCACACCAGCGCCACAACAAACAAUAACAAUAAUAAAAAUAUGUCCAAUUUACAUCAAUUUGGUCAAAAAUUGAGUAAAAUUGAAACACUUCGACUAGCUUGUAAUUAUAUUGGUCUGUUAGCCUCUAUAUUGAAUAAUAUACAAUUUGAUUCGAUCACAGAUAUUAUCAAAUACUUAUGUCAUGGUUUAUCACAGAUUACAACAAAUCAGAUUGCAGCUGCUCUUCAUAGUGAUCCAUCACGAUUAUUAAAGCAUUAUACACUUGACAAACAGCAGGGGGAGGAGGCGGAAGCGAAGUUCGAGGCAGAGGUUGAAGCGCAAGUGGAGACAAAGGUCAAGGAGGAGAAGAGGACAUCAUCGAUUGAAGACGAUAUCUUACUUUCUUCAUCUUCAUCACUGUUGAUGUCGUCAAAAUCAACAACCAUCACCACCACAACACCACCAACAAAAACAGCAACUACUACCAAUUCCUGGUGGAUAAACAGUCCAAUGAUGAAUGGUAGUGUUCAUCAAACUGAAAAAUUAUCAACAGAAUUAAUGAGGUCAAAUGGAUUAGAAAGUAAAUUAACCAAUACAGAACGGUUGAUUGAUAAUUUUGACUGUCAACAAACUGCUCUACUUUCUCCAUCUAUACAACAACAACAACAACAACAACAACAAAUGUGUUCAUCGAAGUGUAGAGAUUUAAUAAAAAAUCAAAAUUAUUAUUAUUAUUACUAUGGUUGUUAUUGUUAUUAUUCUCAAAAUAUCAAUUCAUCAUUAUCAAUUCAUCAGCAUAAUCAAGCAGAAAUAGAUGAAUGGAUGAAUAAUUCAACCUUAACUAAUUUACCUGUUAAUUACUAUACUACUGAAAAUAAAAAUAAUCAACCAAUAGAAGUAAAUCACCUUGAAAAUUGGUUGAAUAAAACAAAAGUAUCAAGAUUCAAUGAUGAAGAAAGAAAUUUCACUUCAUCCAAUUACGUUAAUAAUAAUAAUAAUAAUGAUAGUAACAAAGACAGUCUACAGAUUGAUCCAUAUUCUUAUCAUCAUCAUUAUUCGUCUUAUUGUAAUUCUCAUCCAGAUGGCGAAUAUUAUGACUCAUGUAGACUAAUGAUGAAUACAAUUCAUGCUAAUUCUACCUGUAUUGACUACACGGGGGAUUACAGUGAGAUACAAUGA